CGACCUAGCCGACCCCGCGCUCUGACACCCUGCUUUCUCCUCAAAUUCAUGGCCUCCGCCUCAUCCUCCGUCCCCGCCCGUUCUCCCACCGCGUAGCAUUCUAGGGUUUCGGAUUCCGGGAUCCAGGCGCCGCCGCGCCGCCCGCAAUGCCCGACUCGCCGGAGCAAGUCGUGAGGGAGGUCGGGAAGCACCUCGCGCAGCCGCGCCUAGGCAAGGACGCUCUCGUCAAGCUGCUCAAGCAAGCUGAAAAUGCAUUAUCAGAGCUUAGUCAAUCAUCCUCUCUGCAGGAUGCUCUUCAUGCUUUGAGUAAAUCUCUAGCCCAGACCACUUUACUCAACCAUAAGGACAAGGAUGUCAAACUUCUUGUUGCUGUUUGCUUUAUUGAGGUUAUGCGGAUCCUCGCACCUGAUCCACCUUUUAGCGAUGAAAUACUUAAGGAAAUAUUUAGGCUAUUUAUCAGCAUAUUUGCAGACCUUACUGAAACUAGCAGUCCAUAUCUUACUAGAAGGAUGAAGAUAUUGGAAAGUGUUGCUGCGCUUCGAUGUUCUAUGAUAAUGGUUGACAUUGGCUGUGAGGACUUGAUUCUUGAUAUGGUCAAAAUUUUCUUCACAUCGGUGAGGCAAGGUCUUCAGCAGAGUGUGUGCCAAGCCAUGCUAUCAAUUAUAGUGCAAAUAUUGAAUGAAAAAGUUACCCAACCUCUUGUGGAUUUGAUUUUACGCAAUUUAGUAAAAGAUGGCAAGGGAGCAUCCCACAAACUUGCUUUUGACAUCAUCCAUAAUUGUCCUGAGAAAUUGGAGCCUAUCGUUCGCAGUUUUUUGUCCUCAUGCAUUUUUAACAAGGAUAUUCCAGUUAAUGACCUCAGGAAAUUACAUCACAAAGUUAUUCUGGAAAUAUACCAGUGUGCACGCCAGAUCCUUUUUGCUGUCAUUCCAAACUUGACACAUGAACUUCUCAGUGAGCAAGUUGAUAUACGACUGGAGGCAGUUCACCUGAUUGGGAGGCUUCUUGCCUUAUCUAAUCUUCAUUUUGGUCAAGAAAACAAGUUAGUUUUUAUAGAAUUCCUGAAGAGAUUCUCCGAUAAGUCUGCAGAAGUUAGAAUUGCUGCAAUUGAUGCAGCAAAAGCCUGCUACAUGGUUAAAUCAUCUGGGGAUGAAGCGCAAGAUAUACUUAGUAAGGCGCUUUUAUUGGUUGUUCUUCUUUAUAGAUUGCUGUGUUGUCAGCCUUUUCAUGUUGAUAUUCAUUUCUUUGCAGCAUCUCUUCAAGGAAGGUUACUAGAUUUUGAUGAAAAAGUGAGGAUUCGAGCUGUUAACACUGUCUGUGAUUUAGCCAAAUCAAAUCUUAGCUUGUUUCCUCAUGAAGUGAUAUUGCUUGCAGCUGAGAGGCUGCGUGACAAAAAGGCAUCUGUUAGAAAAAAUGUGAUGCAUAAGUUGCUGGAGCUGUAUCGAGAUUACUGUGAGAAAUGCUCAAAAGGAACUGCUACAGUGAACACUCAUUAUGAACAAAUCCCAGCUAAACUUAUAGUUUGUUUCCAUAAUGAUAUUGAAUCCUUCAGGCCACAGAAUAUGGAACUAAUAUUUGCUGAAGAACUCUUCCCAUCAUCACUUUCUCCAAAAGAAAGAGCAACCCAUUGGAUUGAGUUUUUUUCUUAUUUCAAACCGGAACAUAUUAAGGCUUUGAACAUCAUCUUUUCUCAGAAGAGAAGGUUGCAAUUGGAGAUGCAAGCGUAUUUAUCGCUCCGAGCAAAGAAGGAGGAACCUUCAGAUGAAAUACAGAAGAAAAUCUGCGCAUCAUUCAGAAAGAUGGCAACAUCCUUUGCAGAUACCUCUAAAGCUGAAGAAUGCUUUAAAAAUUUGCACCAGAUGAAAGAUAAUAACAUAUUUAAGGAUUUGGUUGGAUUAAUCGAUGAGGGAACUACUUUUGCGACAAGCUGUUUGAUCAGAGAUUCGUUUCUCAAGAGGAUUGGACACAAACACCCAAUACACAGCUUUUUCAAAAUUCUGUCUAUAAAAUGUUCAUAUUCAAUAUUUAAUCGGGAGAUGAUCUGUGCUAUCUUUGAAUCUCUUUUAUCCUGUGGAAAUGAACUAACUGAUUAUGUGGACUCUGCUUGUGAUCUUUUACUGGUAGUUGCAUUGGUGUUUCCAUCAUUAUUCCGAGGGUCAGAGGAGUACUUGCUUAAGUUAUUAUCCGAAGAAUCAGUCCUGAUAAAUGAGAAGACUCUCCGGAUCUUGGCACAUUUGGCGAAACCCACACACCAUUUAUCUAUUAGUUUCAGCAAUGUCAUCUACCCAUUAUUGGAGCAAAAGUGCAUUGAAGGAACUCGUGCUGAAUCAAAAUAUGCUAUCACUGCAAUUGCUUCACUGCACUCCCCAGAUGAUCAGAAAUUUGCUAAAUUAUGCAAGAAAGUUGUUUCUGGUCUAAAUGAUAAUCGCAAUGUGCCAACACUAUUACAGUCUUUGGGCUCAAUAUUGGAGCAUUCCCCUUCUGUCUAUGAGUUAUAUGGCAGGCAGAUCGUCAAUUCCAUUCAAGAUAUUUUGAUGUCAACUGAAUUCAUUUCAACAUCUGGACAGUCAUCCCUUGAUGGCAAUUCUACAUGCUGCUGCUCAUGCAAACUGAAGGUUUAUUGUCUUAAAGCCCUUGUCAAAGGUUUUUUACCAAGAAUAGCUCGUGCUCGAAUUAAUGGUAUUCUGGGGAAGUUGUUGGAAUAUGAGAAGGGUCUUUUCCCAGACAUUGCUCUAUGUGAAAAUGAUAGUCUGUAUCUGCAGCUGGCCGCUGGGAAAUGUGUACUGAAAUUAGCUACAAGAUGGGAUUCACAUAUUUCACCAGAAUUAUUUCGUAACACAAUUCUCAUGGCAAGGGAUCCUUCAUAUAUUGUUCGUAAAUCAUUUAUUUGCAAACUUUAUGGCCUCUUAAAGAGACGUGCAAUCCCAGUUAGAUAUGCAUGUGCUUUGGCACUAGCGUCAACAGAUUGCUCUGGAGAUGUCCGUGCUGAAUCGGCAAAUUACUUAAGUGAAGUGCUAAAGGAGCAAAGAAGGUUUUUUGUUCAACAGAACAGAGCAAGCAAAGAUUCAAUUGUAGACAACCCAGCAUAUGCUGUGGUUUUCUUGAUCCAUACUCUAGCAUAUGAUGGGGGGUUCCCUUCCAAUUAUAUUGAAGAUCAGACUAGCUUUCCUGAAUUUUGCAGCCCGCUUUGUGUGAUGUUGAGGGCACUAGUUGAAGUAGACAGUUUUAACAGAACUGAGCAUGGUCCCACGAUCAGUUCCGUAUCAGUUCUGUCAGGGAUCUUCCGUGCUAUUCAGAAGGCUGAGGAUCCAUCUGAUUCUGAGAUCACUCCAAAAUUGCACAUUCUCUCGAAAAUUGGCUUGCUUAUUAUAAAAGAUCUUGAUAAGCAUUGCAAGAUGUCUGAUUCUCCACGCCAUAUUCUUUUGCCCUCAUCUUACUAUAAAUUAUCUGGGAGUGAAAGAAAAGUAGAUGAAUGCCAAGAGAAUUUCAUUAGUGAUAAGCUUGUAAAGAGAAUUCUCAAAGCUCAUGAACCUUAUAAACAUCAGGACAAUGUUAAAUGCUCUUUUGUUUCUGAGAGGGUAUCAAGUGAAUCUGCUCCUGAAAGGGAAGCUUGUUCCGCGCUAAGCAAAUUAGUGGGACGGAAUGCAAGUGUUUGUGAUAAAGGGAAAGGGAACAAAAGUUUGGCAUCUGGGAAAUCUGUGUCCAAGAAAAAGGAUCAGAAUACUAAUAGUAGCUUGGAGAAAGAAAAUGUGUCAUCUUGUGGUUCUGCUGGCACAAAGUUGUCAUCUCCAGGCUCCUUGGGUUUAUCUAAGGAAGCUGAUUCUGGAGAUUGUGUCUCCCUCUUGGAUAAGCAGAAGCGGCCUAUGAAUAGGUGCUCCACCAGGAAUACUAGAGCUUCAGAGGCAGAUCCUAACUCUUGUAGGAAAACUGUGGACAUUUCCAACUUUCGUCUCAGAGAAUGUUCCUUUAAGAGAGAUCAUGACAAGGGUUCAUCUGAAUCCCAGAAGCAUGAAGCUUUGCUUUCUGGCUCUUUGGUUUUAUGCAGUGAACUUGAAGACAUUGGUGAUUGCGAUGACAAUUUUGUGAAACCGCCUUUAUCAAACAAAAGAGCCGACCUUAAGAAAAGGGGCAAGAGAGCAUUACAGUUGUUGAAUUCGCAGAACAGUUCUGAUGUAACUGGUGUUGACACAAGAGAUAAUGUUCGAUGCACUAGAGCAAGGAAGGUGCGAGUAUAAACAGCUAGUAUUCACUGUUUGUCGGCCAAUGUAAAUACUUAGUUUUAGAAUCAUUUCUAACCUGUGCGCAUCCGCUUGCCACUAUUUUGGACCAAAGGCAUUGGCCCUGCUUUAUAAGUUUAUAUUGAAAUCAUAUGUACGCAGGGGUUACCGGCUUUCUACAAAAUUAGCGAAGUAGAGACCCACAUCAGCUUGCAAAUGUUGCUGUGAGGAUACGAAAAACUUGGUCUCAAACUCUCGAUCGGCCAUGUAACAGUGCAAUUUAAAUAGAGACGGACAAGUGAGUUAGUGUGUGAUAUCUUAUCUAAUUUUAUCCUUGAUUAGUAGUUUCUGUUGGACA